CGUUGGCCCAAAAAGGAAAUCUCGAAACGCCGCCCCGCCGAUCUCAUCUUCCUUCCUCCGCUUUUAUUCUGACCACGUCACCUUCUGCAGGCCAUUGAGAUCCUGCACGGCCUCAAACAAUAUCGGUGAAUUCAGGCUCCCACCGAGAACCAACGCGACAAAAAGACAAACUCGUCCUAAAACAAUCCACGAACCCUCGAACCCCCCGACGCGCCGAGUAGGGCAUUGCGGAGCAGAUCCGUCCUCUCACGCGAGCCAUUCGUCUCCUCCGCGCCCACCACGAAUAACCGCGGGUCCACUCACGAUGAUCAACGAUAACAAUGCUGUGAAGCGGAGGCCGGAUACCUAUGCGACUGCGCAAGUUGGACGGCCUUCUGGUGGUGCCAAUGGCCACGUAAAUGGGUCUACGGCUAGCCAGUCGACCAAGGCGAAAAAGGAUAUGGGUGUGAUGGCUGCGGUUGCGCAUGCGACGGUGCCCUCCUGGGCUAAUAUGAUUUUGAUGGCUUCGCUUAUUUUUGGAGGAUGUUGUACAAAUGUCUUUGCUCUCGAAGCUAUCAUCAAGGAGCAACCUACAGCAGGUCCCUUGAUCACCUUCGCCCAAUUCAUUCUAUGCGCCAUCUUCACUCUCCCGCAUUUCCUCUCCUUCUCAGCCGGUCCCCGCGCUCUAUUCAUGAGCCCUCGAGCAAUCCCGCUCCGAUCAUGGAUAAUCUAUACCGCGUACUUUGUCUCGGUCAACCUUUUGAACAAUUGGGCCUUUGCAUAUAAGAUCUCCGUCCCGCUCCAUAUCAUUCUCCGAUCUGGUGGGCCGGUGGCUUCCAUGCUUGUUGGAUACGCCUAUAACGGGAGACGCUACUCCCGCGGCCAAAUCCUCGCUGUGGCUUUGCUCACGGCGGGUGUUGCCGCCGCCGCGCUUGCCGAUGCGCAGGCUAAGGGCCAGUCUAUCGAGAUCGGAGCCGUUGAGGACGUGACGUUGAUGACUACGGCUACGGGAUUCAGCAUUCUUGCGCUGGCUAUGAUUCUGUCCGCGUUUCAGGGAAUCUACGCAGACCGACUAUAUGGGAAGUAUGGCCGUGAUCAUUGGAAGGAGGCUCUGUUUUACUCGCAUUUCCUCUCGCUACCUUUGUUCUUGACCAGCUAUCCGCAGCUAUUAUCGUCGUGGCGUGUCGUAGCAUCCACUCCCUCGCUGCUUUCGACACUUUCUUCUCAGAAUGUCAGCCAAACCUCGUCCAGCAUAUUGAACAACAAUGUGUUCUCUAUCAUGGCGGCUGCUCAGAAAUACCAAUCGGUUGAAUCCGUCCUCGACAAGAUUCCAAUUCAGGUAGCUUACCUGAUUAUGAAUGCCUUGACGCAGUACGUCUGCAUUCGGGGAGUGCACCUGUUGUCGGCCAAGUCUUCUUCCUUGACGGUCACGGUGGUUUUGAAUAUCCGCAAGCUCGUCUCUUUGCUGCUCUCAAUCUACUUGUUUGGCAAUGAUUUGGCAUCUGGCGUCCUUGUCGGGGCAGUUUUGGUUACUGUCGGGGGUGGUCUAUAUGGAUUUGAAGGAGCGAGAUUGAGGAAGACCAGGUUGAAGAAGACCCAGUGAGUAUUACUGGGUCAAAGAAGCAUAAGUUUGUUGGAAAGAGUCAUUGAAAGAGUCAGCUCUGGCUAGCAUAUGCCCGGCCUAGUGCGAUUCAUCAUAUACCUACACUAGACUACAUAGAUAUUCAAGCAUACGAAGCGAUGGGAUUCAUCAAAGGCAAGAAGAGACGAUGAUCC